AUGGCUAUGCUGAAGUUUGGCGAGAAGGCACCACUCGAGAAUGUUCUCGAGGAGGAUCUUCCCUUGCCUCGUACUGAGUACCGGAAGGCUUACCUGACCACUGAUGGACUGAGCAUGGACCAGCCUGCCUCUACCGCGGGUACUGUGUCGUACAACUCGGAAGAUCCUGAGGAUGCGGCAAAGUUCAGAUACACUUUCACGGAGCGCACUCGGUUGUUUGGGAUCCCCAAGGCUGUGCUAUACAUGCACUGUGAUGAUCUCAAUUAUAUGGAUGUCUUCCUCAUCUUGACGAAAAUCUCAGCCUCCGGAGAAAUGCUGUUAGCCUUGAACAUCCCAUGGAAGAAUCUCCCCGUCUCCUCUCUAUUGCCGCGAUCCCGGAAGAUCUUCGAACCGAGGUGA